CCAAUCAAGAAAACUCAUUUCUCUAGCCAGAUUAAUUGUCAUUAUUUAGCACGGCUCAUCAUGUUUGCCACUCGUCGCCUCCUCCAAUCCACCAGGAUCACCUUCUUCACCCGUGACACCUGCGGCCUCUGCACCCAGGCAAAAAGCGUCCUGUCCGAUGUCUGGGACAAGCGGCCAUUCGCCUACACAGAAGUCAACAUUGACCUUCCAAAGCCCGAGUCGAAGAAGUGGAGGGAUCUCUACGACUUUGACGUCCCGGUGAUACAUAUCAGCAAGGCCACGGCACCAGAGGAAGAUCCUGCCAAGGUCGGCAAGGCCAUUAAGCUGAUGCACAGAUUCACAGUCGAUCAGGUCGAGGCCCAGAUGGACAAGGCUGAGAAGAGCUAG